AUGAAUGCAAUUACGAAAAACACGAAGAUAAUUGAGCGUCAAUGGGUUGGCUUCAGAUUCACUGAGGAAAUCGAAUUGGGUGGCUGGCUGGUGCGCGUUAGAAGUGGCGGCGCGGAGACCCUCUCAUGUGUUGGUGCCUACUAUUCACCUCUAUUGGUGAUCUCAUCGGCCAAUUGCAUAAGCCCAUUUCGAUAUCAGCUGGACGAUGCCAGUGUAGUGUCGACUGCCAAUGCGGUUGAUGAGGAUUUCAGUUUCUCCCUGGUACAUUCGGUUUACACACCACACGAUUUUGUUCCACAAAAAACCAACUAUGACAUAGCAAUGGUCAGGCUAAGCACGCCCCUAAAAGGUAAGAUGACCGAAUUCAUCAAGCUUACCAGCAAGCAGCCCACCGCUGGCACAAGUUUUUACACCUUUGGCUGGGGUUACGACAGCCUAGAAGUGCAGCCACCAUCAGAUGAGCCACGGAAAACCAUAGUGCACCAUUUAGAUAUAGACAGGUGUAAGAAACAAUUUCCAAAGGGAUUCGUGUCGAGCACCGUUCUUUGCGCGAAAUUUCCCGAGGAUAGUUUUGAGUGCAUAUACGACGGUGGUUCUCCGAUAGUCUGGAAAAACGAGCUCGUUGGCAUCGCCUCAGUAGGAGCUACUUGUAAAAAUACAACGACUCCUGGUAUUUAUACGAGCAUCAUUAAGAUGAAACCCUACAUACUGGAGAUUCACAAAGGUGUAAGAUCUAGUCAAUUGUCGCGCGACAAAAGACAAAUUCGCCCGCAGUGGUAA